CUUCCGCGAGCGGCAGUAUCGGUGACAUUCUGCCCGGUGUGGAAGUAAGGGCAACAUGCAGGCAGUCCGCCGGGUGGUGUGUGCCAUGUCUGGCGGGGUGGACAGCUCGGUGGCCGCUUUACUGCUCCGGAGAAGAGCAGCAAACAGCAACAACUUUCAGAGCCUGUAAUAAAUUGCUGACAUGCUGAGCUGAAGACCCAAUGCAAGUCCAGCCAGACAUCCCAUCAUGAGGACUGUGUCACAACUGCGUACUAAAGCUCAUUUUUAACUUAAAUAUCAUCCAGCGACUGACUUUUAGAGUGUUAUAAUGACUUUGUGCAGUAUGAAGGAGAUAAAUAUUGUCCCUUUUAAGAAAUAAACACACCAGGAUAUGAUGUCACUGGUGUAUUCAUGAACAAUUGGGAUGUAGUGGAUGAGCAUGGUGUCUGCAGUGCGGAGAAAGACUGCGAGGAUGCAUAUAAGGUCUGCCAGAUGCUGGAUAUCCCCUUCCACCAAGUGUCCUACGUCAAGGAAUAUUGGCAUGAUGUAUUCAGUUACUUCUUGAAUGAAUAUGAGAAAGGAAGAACUCCUAACCCUGACAUUCUGUGCAACAAGCAUAUCAAGUUUAAUUAUUUAAUCAGCCAUGCCAUAGAUAAUUUAGGUGCUGACGCCAUUGCCACUGGGCAUUAUGCUAGAACAUCACAAGAAGAUGAAGAGGUAUUUCAGCAGAAAUAUAUUAAGCAUAGACCAAGUCUCUUUAGGAACAGAUUUGAAGUUAGAAAUGAUGUAAAGCUUUUACAAGCAGCCGAUAAAUUUAAAGACCAGACAUUUUUCCUAUGUCAGAUUUCCCAAUAUGCAUUACGCAAAACCAUGUUUCCGCUUGGAGGAUUAACAAAGGACUUUGUAAAGAAAAUAGCUGCAGAAGCUGGAUUCCAUCAUGUCUUAAAGAGAAAAGAGAGUAUGGGAAUCUGUUUCAUUGGAGAAAGGAACUUCGAAAGAUUCAUACUGGAGUAUUUGGAACCUCAGCCUGGAAACUUUGUUUCAAUAGAGGAUGGAAAAAUCAUGGGAACUCAUAAAGGUUGGUUCCUGUUCACCCUGGGACAGAGGGCAAGAAUCGGAGGUCAGCGGGAUGCAUGGUUUGUUGUGGAUAAGGAUGUGGCCGCAGGGACUGUUUAUGUGGCACCAUCUACAAACCAUCCAGCUCUCUUGAGAGACUUGCUGCGAACAGAUCGUGUGCACUGGCUCUCCGAAGACCCACCUGCAGAGUUGAUCAGGGAUAAGAUGAUGGAGUGUCAUUUCAGAUUCCAACACCAGAUGGCGCUCAUGCCGUGUGUGCUGACGCUAAACCAAGAUGGCUCAGUAUGGGUGUCGUUGGUCAAGCCAAUCCGAGCGCUGACGCCUGGACAGUUUGCAGUCUUCUACAAAGGGGAGGAAUGCCUUGGAAGUGGCAAGAUCAUGAGACUGGGCCCUUCGCUGCACACAUUGCAGCAGGGCCAGCAAAGAAUGAAAUCGGCAGCAAGUGUGUCGACAGAGGCUGUUGAAGAGAUGGAUCCGGUGUCCUGACGGCUCCUAUUUUCCUGGCAAAUUGAAAGAAUUCUAUGAAAUCUGAGCCGUGGAAUUAUGCGGGAAGGAAAGCACACACUGUCUCUACCUUAAUUAAGGCACAAGUUCUGACAGAUAUGACUGGCAUACUAACUCCGGGGCAUUUUAUAAACAAUCAUUGAUUGUGUUCAAGACAAUCUAUACUCAUGUGUGUUUGAACAAUGGCAUGAAAAUAUAUUUUCUGCUGAAGAAUAAAUGAUGCAUUUUUAAAAUUGUUUUAUUAUUGACACUGUUAUAAUUUCUAUUAAAUUCUAGACACUG